UCGGCGAGUUCUGUAAAAGUUCUUAUAUCCGCGCUGGGAAACUGUGAUAUUUCCAAAGCGCUUGUUGCUUCUGCUUGUUAGUAAUAAUGACGUUGGACUUCAGCGUGACCAUGGUUUCGAGUUAUGAUAGCUCCCAUCCGUCAGAAAACAUUUCGAACAGCACAGGCGCUGUAUUCUGGACGACCACCGGCACUUACCCUCAAUCGUUCGUUGUGAGUCUCAAACAGCCAAGCUUCAUUAAAAGCCUCGAAUUUUUUUCAUGCAACGUAAAGGAACUGAGAAUUGAGGCCACUGCCGAAAGCGAGCCAAGAAACUUCGAGGAGAUUACACAACAAGAGAUUCCGGCUGGAAAUUUACAGAAAACGACUGUUUCAGAAAUUAACGGAGAUUUCCAGCAUCUGCGAAUAUUAAUCCUGUCAGGACACGAGCACUUUGCAUCAGUCCAUGAUUUGACCAUCUCCUAGAUAGCUGCGGUUGCUGACAACGCGGACAGACCCUGCGAUUAACAACAGACUGAGUGAAAACAGACAGAAGAAAGGUCAAGUUUUGAAUCAAAAGGAUCUCAUAUUUAUUUGGAUUAUAGAGAAAAAUAGAAAUGCAAAACCAACUCUAAAUUCAUCACUUAAAAUAGACCUAUUUCUAGUCUCUCAGAUGUCUCGAUUGAUCCUUUAACGCACCCGCUGAACAUUUGAAACGCUUCCUAGAAUAUCAUAAUAAAUGCAAUUCUACCGUUUCACAGCCUCGGUAUCUGUAACUUUUUUUUUAAAUGAAUUUUUUUAAAUUAUUUUUGACUGACAAUUUGGCGUAAAGGCAGUAAUUUUAUUUAGAAUAAGAACAUAAAAUCUAAGUACAUCAUUCACUUUAUUUAAACACACGCACACACAUAUAUAUAUAGUUAUAACAUCCUACAUCAUGUUAUUGAUUGCAGUUUCUCCUUUUGUUUAGACCUUCAACGGGAUUUUUAGCGCGUUCAACAUUUAAUCUCUGGUAAAUAUUAAAAGUUGUCUAGACCUUGUACAGAACGUAUCUUACACGGGGUGCAUCUAUGUGGGGAUGCGGAGUACUCUCUAGGGGCUUCAUCGAUUAGAAAAAUAUGCGAAUGUGCAUUUAUCUUAGCGAAGCAAAAUAAAGAUUGUCGGCGCCUGUCACAUGUUACGUGUCUAAGGUAACGCUUUUCUCAUGUUAGCAUUAAGUCAGUAUAAGCUUUGUUUGUAUGUGUGUACGGCUCCUAAUAGUAAUUAAAGUGCGUACCACACCCCGAUAACGUUUUAAUUAAUACAUAUUACCGGGGAUCAUCGCAGUAGUUUGCCGAAUUGAACGAUCUCUGCUCGUACAAGGCUUAAUCGUUUCUCCUAUAAACAUCGCAAGAAAGUCGAGGAUUGUUAUUGCUUUCGAAGGCAAAACAUGUUGGCUUUGAAUUCAACGAUAUCGUUCCCUUUGAUGAAUUUAAGGUAUUGAAGAACCUUUCACUAUAUGUACUGUUCUGUGUCCUUUACAUUGACCAAAAUGCACACAGUUUUUUUGGUGACACACUCUGAUCAGCCUCUAUACAAACACAAACGUAGUCGCUACACAGCGUUUUUCAACUUAGGAUACAACACUUUGGUAAUUUCUUCUGUCACCUUUAAUUUACUUUAGUUUGUUAUAUUAGUAAUAAUUAGAAUCGUGUUAUAUAAUAUGCGACAUUUCGUAGUAAAACAAAGAUCAUACGAUGUUCGACACCACAAUCGUCGUUGCCGCGCGUUGUUUCCAUGACGACCAAUUUCAAAUGCAGUACCCGGUUGUCGAAACAAUCCUAGGCAGACAUGCUUUGCUCACGAUGCCUUGCACAGGUUGAAACCAAGGCGGCUCCUCUCACUUUAGGCACCGUUUUGCGAGGUUUGCACGAGUUUAAUGGUAGACACAGAUGGACGACCUCGAUUUUAUCGGCGUGAGCUUUUCAUAUUCCCUGAGAACUUUACACAACUUUGUACGGUGUAAUUAGCUGACACGAAUCUCGGAAACUAAGCAACCCGCAAUUAAUUGACCGGUAUUCUAUGACGUGCCUUAAUGACGAAUCUAACAAUUCUCGAACAUUAUAUCUGCUGUUUAUCCUUUAAUAUUACAAAAAAAUACUUUUAAGUGAGAAUCCAAAAUUGGUUCACACUUCAAUAGGUAACUAUUAAAAAUAGAAAACAAAAGAUAAAGCACAUAAAUUACAUUCAUAUCAACCGGCAAUGGUCGAGUAUUCACCGUUAAUUUUUCAGUUUGGACUCGUAACUAUUUUCAGUCAGCUUUUCCACCGAAACCUUAGCAGUAAACCACUACCGCUACCAAACAAAAUGACUAUUACUAAUAUUAUUCUUCACGAAGUCCACUUAUCUAAACGUUAUCACAUUGCCAUUGAAACACCAUUGAGAAUCUACGUUUAAUUAUAAAAACACAUAAGAAUCAGCCAUUUUAAUCGGGUGCACGAGAAGUAGAUACACAAGCAGUGUCGACAAGUCUAACAUUAAAGGUUCAUUGUACCGACGAGCCGUAAACGGAAUAGUUUGGUCUUAAUAUUCAAACUCAUAAAUAAACAAUUUAUUCAUAAUAGUAAUUGUUAUUACAUGUGCGAAUGCCGGAAAUAUGACAGAAAGAACAAAAUGAGAUAUACUUAACCAGACGUUAUUAUUACUGUUACUCGUUUAACGUCCGAAGCAGGCGCAACCGGGGUUCGUCGUUUUGUAAAUAGCCAUGUUUUAGUUUUCCAUUCAUCACGCAAACAUUCACUUAUGAUUAUAUAUAUACGUAAUACCCGGUGUAAACGAAGUUACAUUCAUCUGAAUCGUCACUCUUCGACGGCGAUCCUCGCAAAUAAGUACGUACCAUACGUCGUAGAGUGUUUUACUAUAUAUUCUUCUUUUUGGUCUCAAAAAUUUACUUUUCUUUGAUCUAUCGUUUCCGCUACACUCACCCAAUGGCCAAUUUUUACAUCCGGAACAAGAAAGGUCCGACAUGCUCGCGUGUCUCGUCCCUCUGCAUCAUUUCGUUUUCAAAGAGAAACGCAGUUUCAUUUCGGAUGAGGCUGGAUUGAUUGCGACGUUUAUUGAUUAAAUAAAGAAACCGUCAGUAUCCUAAGCCGCCUGUCGGUCUUUCUUAUGUGGCCACGUUUUUCAUCAUUCUGUUCUUUCCCAGCAGAUGUGGGAAACUCUAGAUUUAUUUAGACAAAACGAUAACCACUCGCUACUCUAGCACUUGACCCCUAUUUAUUUAUAUCUUUAUUUGCCUUGUUGGUGAUGCAUAUUUUUGUCAAUGAAUUUUCGCGUCACCAAUGAGUGCUAUCAACGAAUCAGACCUAGUGGUUCAUACAAAAUCAAUAUCUAUCUAUACAAAUUGAUAAUAGGGACAUUUCAUUAUUUCAUAGUAGUAUGAAAUCGAUGAAUCCAUUUGAAAUAUACAUGCACUACCGCUUAACCAUCUUCGGCACAUUUUCCGGACUCAUUCUAACCGAACAGAGACCUUUCUGUUGGUCGACUUUUACCAACCUCGUCGUACCCAUAUAUAUAACGAAUAGACGACGGCCAAUCUCUCCGUUGUUUGUUGAUACACCACAGCCAUGCCUCUCUCUGUUUCGCAAAUGACUUUCUACAAUUUGUAUAAUAAUUUGAAUAAGUCUUAUGCAGUAAUUUCUAUAGCUGCUACGUGUUGUCGUCACUCUGAAUGUUCGUUACACGGCACUGGUCGGAGCUCAUUCCUAUCAUUAUUCGGCAAAGCGUUUUGGCAGGUCAAAAUCCUAUAGCCAUUUUUCCCUACUUUCGUUCUGUAAUAAGUGUAAAGUGUGUUGAUAUUUAGUGUUGCCUCGACAAAUGGAACGAGGCUGUGUCACCCUGAUUGUUGCUUUCUUUUCGUUGAUAUACACACCAUAGAAAUGUUCUAUUGCAAAGCUUCAAGCAAAACUUUGCCACGAUGACCCCUUCCGAUUCUCCGUAUAGAUUUAUUAUAAUACACCUUUCAAAUGUUAUUCCUAGAGUGAUAGUCGGACCUGGUAUCCCAAUGGCAUAAAUGAGCAGCCUAGAAAUUACUUUUUCGGAACCCUGAAUGACAAUCGACGGCUGUCUUGACACAUUAGUCAUUACCAGAUAUGUCAAUAAGAACCCAUAAUUGGCAGGGGUUUGUUUGUACGCCGCAGUCUUUCCUACUAAUUGCUAAGUAGACAGCACCUGUACUAAAACUAAUCUAAAAACCUACUUCAAUGUUCUUCAACACAACGCAGACGAUGUUAUAAGAUAUCAAAAAACCGGCGACUUUUCUCCGCUCGUAGAAUCUCGAUAGCUUCCUAAUUGCAAUGGACAUAGUUGUAUCGACCAAUCUCCACAAUUAACGAUGUGUUCUUUCAGCACUUUUGUUUGUCGACAGCAACUACGGAAAAUCGCACAAAAAACUCGUAACAGAUUAAAUAGAGACAUAUCAUUUUUUUGUUGUAUAUUUCUGUUAAGCAUCAAGUCAUCAUGAUUAUUCAGACUGUCUUAUUCAAAACUCUGAGUCGAAACAUGCAGGCAAUCUUAUAAAAGGCUGAGCGCGCUACCUGUAGGCCUCGUUCAACAUCGAAAUGAUAGUUACCGCAUUUCUUCCAUUACAUAUCGUUUUGAGGCAAAUAAGUCUCUUUUAUGCCAGGCACAUUACAUUAGCUUUCUAAAAAAAUCAAUGCUUGCCAACACUAGUAAUAACUGGACGGAUGCAAUUUUUCUCGGCAAGUUUGCGAAACCAUGGGUGUCUUUUUCAUUCACUUUCAGUUGAAUUUCAGAGUAUACCCAACUUUUAAUUAGCGGUUUGUUUCCGACGUCUCUGGACAUCCUGAAUCUAACUUACUCCCUAAUAAGAAUACAAUACUAUUCGCCAGUUAGUCGAAUUUGGGUCGUAGCUAUGAAAACCAUAGUAAAACGGAGGACAGACAAAUCAUGUUUAUAGUAUCUUAUAUCAUUAACCCAGAAAGAUCAUUAGCUGUCUCAUUGAGUUGACCUCACCAGCGAUAAGAGAAUAAUCGACUUCACAGGGAGAUUUUUGUACUAGAAAAUCAACGAAGUGCAAUAUUUUUGUUGCACGGUAGAAAACCGAUUACUAAAUACAUUGCCAAAACUUACCCAAUCCUUUGCUCUGAAAUCUUCUCUGUUUCACCCUUGCCCAUGGAUCAGAUCAAGCGGCGGUUUCAUGAUUCAAAAUAACAUUUCUCUCUUUUUAUUAUUUAAACCUACGAACGGUUGUCUGUUAAUUGGUUUUGUGUUUGUGUUGUAGAUGUCUUAUUGUUGUGUUCGGCUCGACGUACACCCAUUUUAGCAUCUUAACGCUUUUUCCAUUAUACGCUCGUGUGUCCACAACAUUGAUUUUUC